CCCCUCCUGCGCCGCCUUUGCAUUCCUGAUAGCAGGAAGCAUGAUGCCAUUCAGUUAUGCUUAUGUUAUAUUAUUGAUGUGUAAACACCUUGCACCAGGGAAAGACAGAUGAAAAACCUACAGCCAUGGAACAGCGCAACACCCCAGAGUUCAUAUUAGAAGCUUUUGCGGACCCAGACUCCGUCCGUGACGUCGUCCAAGGGAUCCUCCACACCAUCUUCUUCCACCGCUUCUUCCCCUCGAUCCUCCCCGAGACCCGCGAGGUCCUCGACCUGACCCUCCCGCACGUCUCCGACGCCGAGCUGGAGACGCUGAUCGACCAGCGCACCGCCGCCCUCGUCCGCCAGCUCGACGCCGAGCGCAACCAGCCGCACCACCACCACCAGCACCCGGGCGGCGGCGGGAGCGGCGGCAGCGGCCGCGGCCAGGUCGUCGUGCAGUUCUUUGAGCGGAGGAGGCGGAAGCCCGCCUGGUACGCCAUACGUGGCGACGAGGAGGUCUGCUGGGAGCGCUGGACGGUCAAGGUCACUGUCGCGGAGCCGAGGACCGAGAGUGAGCGAGCAAAGGUCCGCAAAGCAAUGGAGUCGACGCUGUUGGCGACGGUCAUGAAGGUGGUGACGUACGUCAACACACACAAGGACCACAUCCCACCCAUUACGACGACCGAGUCGAAUCCGUUUCCCUACCAAAUCAACAUCAACCAGAAAGAAUCCGGUUGGGCUACGAGGAUGGGUGUCUACUGAGGCUGCCUGGGCCGUCAUCUCUUUGAUUCUGUUUCGCAAGGGCGUAGGGCGUGGGUGUGGUAUAGAGGCGUCGAAGGGCUUCGUUUUUUUGGACCAUGAAGACUACCGUAACCUAUUGCAAGGCAUCUUGGAUUGCUUUUCUUUCUCCUUGUUGGCUUGAUUCGAAGAUACCCUCUUAUGUAGGGCCACGGGCACUAGGUCGUUUGAUCGUGGCUACGAGUCACUUGGGUUGGCGAACCGGUCCAUAUAUCCUAUUGGAAAUUGUUACAGGCUCAAUGCUCAAUGUUCCAUGUUCCAUGUAUUGAUAAGACUUGAGUGGUCAUCAUGUUACCCCUAUUGAUGCCGAAAGGAGCGAAAUGGCUCGGCCUCGUCCGAGGCGCGAGGCCAAUGGCAGCAACUCCGAUUGGGA